AGCCCCACUUCUCUGUACUCAGAGUCACAGAAGCCCUAUAGUUGCAUUGCGCAGGAAACGAAUAGCACCAAAUUGGCAAAUUACUGAUCAUCCACCUUAAAUUGAGUGCAUACCGUAAUUGGAACCGCAAGGCGAAACUAUGUUUCCCCUUUGUCACCACGGUGCGCAAAGGCUGUUUAUUGUUCCCAAAACUCAUUGAAAGAUUUUCUUGAUCAGUUUUACAUUUUCCUGAGGUGAACAAAGUGGACGGAGACGCCCGUGGAGUGGGGUGCGACUGCCCGAGUGCGGGAGAGCGAUAAAGGGUUAAGGACGGAGAGUGAAAAGUGCGUCUCAGCAUGGAUGAGAAUGAGCAGAGCGCGAGAGACGCGGAACAGCGAGGAGCGGAGGACGAGUCCAACAGUGCCAUACGACCCCUUCUGCAUGCUCCGGGGAAUCUGCAGCUCCCGCACCGAAUCACUAACUUCUUCAUCGACAACAUCCUGCGACCGGACUUUGGCCGUAAGAAAGACGCGAACAUCAGGCGCGAUGAGAGCAAUCACGGCGCGCGGGAGAAUCACAGCCCUACGGGUCCUAGCACGGGACAGGUGGGAAGUACGGUACCAGCAGAGGGAAGUUCCACAACGCAUACGAGCAGCGGGGGAAAGAAGACCGAGAUAGUGAGCGAAGAGCCCUUGAAGACUCGUGGAGAGAAUGUGGAUCAGUUCCUGAGUUCAGAAACGGAUAGUUCACAGGCCAAUUCAAACGGACACUCUGCCCAGCCUAUGCUGUGGCCCGCUUGGGUUUACUGCACACGGUACUCGGACAGGCCAUCGUCAGGUCCCAGAUCUCGUAAACCAAAGAAGAAAAACGACAGUAAAGAGGACAAACGACCACGCACAGCCUUCACUGCGGAGCAGCUUCAGAGGCUCAAGGCCGAGUUCCAAACCAACCGCUACCUGACCGAGCAGCGACGGCAGAGUCUGGCGCAGGAACUCGGCCUCAACGAAUCUCAGAUCAAAAUCUGGUUCCAGAACAAGCGGGCCAAAAUUAAAAAAGCCAGCGGCACCAAGAACAGUCUGGCAUUGCACCUGAUGGCGCAGGGACUGUACAAUCACAGCACCACGUCAAAGGAAGACAAAUCAGAUAGUGACUGAGACACAGAAAGCGGGAGGGGUGGAGGUGGUGAUGGUGGGGUGGGACAAGGAUAUAUUUACAAUGCAAUAAGAAUAAAAGAAUAAAUAUACCAGCAUUAGCCUACUGAAGUUAAAUAUAGGCCCUACUGAAUUAUGUCAAAAAUACAUUUAUUGAAUUCUCCUAUGAAAUAAUGGUCGAGUUGUUUCAAACGGCUGUUAUCGGUGCCGGUUUUUUAUGCACUAAGCAGAGGAUUUCUUUUGAGAAACAAACGUUUCUAUUGCGCUUCUUUUCAUGCCGUUACCAGAACCAAGCGUUACAUAGGGUCUAUAAGUGGAAAAAAUGCGAAAAAUCUUGCUUAAGUCCAAAGAGUCUUUCUGCUGCAUCCAGGCAACUGUGAAUUGUAUCAAUUGCAUUAGAGUCGUUUUAUUUCCACCAUUGUUGUUUUAUUUGAUUUGAUAUUUGAUACAAAUUGGACGCAGCAGUCGUCGGAUCUCAGAAUAUGAUUUUUUAAAAAUAUUCCUUUUUAUUGUAAAUAAGUUCAAAGUCUUUGCCUGCCUAAUUUCAAUGAGUGAAUUGGAAAAAAAAAUAAAAAAUAGCGAUGGACUAUAUAAAUCGCAAGAACUUCUUUUACUGUGCAUUACAAAAUAGGUUAUAUGCUUGAACUAUGUGUAAUAGCCUAACAUGCGUAAUAACAAUGGAUGAACCUUCAUUGCCUGGUCAAAGCAUUUCAACUAGGUGCGCUAAAUAAAUAAAUAAAUGUACCGACGCGUCUUAAAUCGCAUUCAUAGUUUUUUAUAAAAGAGCAAUAUAAUCAUGUUUUGUAGCAAAGUAUGUUUUAAUCAUUUUAAUGCUGCCUAUAAACGUGUAGCACACUGACAAUGAUUUACUCUUAUACGCACUCUUGAUAAUAGCCAGGGUAAGCGCCACAACACAUUACACACUGAAAUAUAAAUAUAUAACUAUAUAUAAACACAAUAUCAAACAAACUAUCAAGUAAAAAAAAUAAGCAAACCAGCUGUUUACUGUAUUACAGAUGUUAAAAUACUGUUUUAUUGUUGACUUCAUAUUUGUUAUGUAUUUAUAUAGAUUAUAUUAAGGAAAAACUUUAUCCAAUGACCGGUGUUGCUUUUUAUGUGAGAGUAGAUUUCUAAAGUGUUACAAUUGCUUAUUUAUAUUGCAAUAAUUCUUUAUGUGAAUGAAGCAGUAUUGGGGCCUUUGCAUGAAAGCUGCAAAUUGUCAUUUUAGGGCAUAUUUACGCGUGUUUAGAAAGUAAAAAAAAAAAAAAGUAUGAUCGAGAUUUAAGUUGCAGACUGUCCAUAUACCAAAUUGUGGAGUUUUUACUUUUUUAAAAUCUUAUUUGUUUUAUAUCUGAAAAGAGUGUGUGACAUAAAGCCACCAAACUUAACACACUUUGCCUUACAAGUUCAAGUGCGAACUUAAUAACAUAGAACUGUGCCGAAUCAGAUAACCAGUGUUAGUUCAAUUGCAUAUGAAUUAUGGCCUUCUAUCUGGUAUACGACCUAAUGAAUUUACUCAUCAGCGGAGAUCUAUCUAUAAAAAAUCUAUGUUGAAAGCUAAAAUGACAAAAGAUGUGUAAUACAAUGCUAUUUUUAUUUUGUGUUUACAAGUACUGUUUGUUACUUGUGUAAAUAAUUUGUAUCACGUACGUAUUAAUUGUGAAAUUAACUGCCUCCUGAAAUCUUGAUAAAAAAUAAAUAAACAAUAAAAAUAA